GCCUGCCUGCGCCCUCCCCGUCCUGAGACCCACGAGCGCGAUCCUCAGUCUGCAGCACCCUUUGGUCGGGGCCACCGGGGGCGUAGACCGACGGGGGGGUCUCUCCAGAGAGAGAGACUGGGCCACGCUGAGACCCCUGCGGAGAGUUUGAGUCCCUACUCUUAGACCAGCAGGUAGACAGGGACCCCAAGCGAACUUGACAGUUCCAUGCAAACUAGAACUAAUCAGGAAGAGGGUACAAGUCCCCUUCUGGGGCCCCAGAAACGCACCCCCCCUCCCUUGUUUCGUGGAGCUGAAACAGUGCUGCUAAGGGGUGUGGCUGUUCCCACCCCUGAGUGUGGACAGUCCAUCCUGGCCACCUUCCACAGGAAACCUGACCUGAGGGACUAACAGGAAUUCCGGAAGCAGGCUUCUACAGACUCAAGUUUGGGCCCACCUUGCCUGGAUAUCAACCAAGCCUCCAACUGGCCUGAGUUCCGGAUCCUCCUGCAGCAGCUUCCUCCACAGGACAGUGAUGUGGGUCACCCUUCUGAUGCCCCCUCUCUCCUCCUUCACUCCCUCUCCACACCUUGUUACUUACUGUGAAGAAAGAGUAUUGGUCUAGAAUUAAGGAGGUAUGAUUAAAAGGCCUGGUUCUGCCAGUAGCUGGAGGAAGUUUCCCUUAGCUUGAGUCUCCAUACCUAAUAACAAGUACAACAGCAUGUGUUCUGCGUAUCAUAGUGCUUAUAAGGCUCAAGAGCAAAUGGGAAAAUGGACAUGAACGGCAUUUGAAAUCAAGAAUGGAAUGCACAAAUGUAGAAAUAUGGUUGUCUAGUAUUUAUUGAGGCCCCACCAUGUGCAGCCUGAAGGCUUACAAUUCACUAGAGGAGUCAGGACAGUCCAUGAAGCAGAGAAAACAGGUGAAAGUGACGCUAACUGCUGUGCAGCCCUGAGUGACAGCCAUGUCCAUGGCAGCAGAGAACCUACUCACGUAAUUGUGUUCACUUCCCUCCUUCUCAAGCACAUGCGUUCUCUCCCGUUCUACCUCUCUCCGGCCCAGCAUCUAAGCCUGAGAGAACAUUUCAAUCCUAGUGAGGUCUGGGUGGAUGGGGGCCUGUUUCUGCAGGAGCACUACUGUCUGGCCCUAGGGGAGGAUGAAUUGGCCCAGCUUCGACUCUUCUGUGCCCAGCGGAAGCAGAAAUCCCUGGGACAGGGGGUGGCCCGCCUGCUACCUCCCAAGCUUGAAGGACACACCUGUGAGAAGUGCAAGAAGCUGCUGAAUCCAGGAGAGUAUGGAGUGUUUGCAGCCAGGGCUGGUGAGCAGAGCUGCUGGCAUAGAGCCUGUUUUGCUUGCCAGGCCUGUGGUCAGGCCCUGAUAAACCUCAUCUACUUUUACCACGAUGGGCAUCUCUACUGUGGCCGCCAUCAUGCAGAGCUGCUACGACCUCGAUGUCCCGCUUGUGACCAGCUGAUCUUCUCUCAGCGCUGCACCGAGGCCGAGGGACGGCGCUGGCACGAGAACCACUUUUGCUGCCAGGACUGCGCCGGGCCUCUAGGUGCAGGUCCUUAUGCCCUGCCCGGGGGCAGCCCCUGCUGCCCCAGCUGCUUCGAGAACCGCUACCAGAGUGCAGGCUCUAACUCAGAAGAGGCACCGGAAGGGCAUGCGUCCCUUGGGGGAACAGGCCCCGAUCCAAGCGUCGGCUGGAACCGUGCCUGCUCGGAUGACAAGAUCAUCUUCCGAGAUGGGCUUUUCUCUACAGUCGCCAGCUCCACCCUGGGACCCCCGAGCCCAGCGUCCAAAGGGCAGGACCGAGACCGCCCACAGACGCCCGGAAACCCCAAAGAGGACAGCUUCUGCCCCACCUGCUCCUCUUCCUCCGAGUCGGAACCCGAAGGGUUUUUCUUCGGCCAGCGCCUUCCAGGUCCCUGGAAGACCCCCGAAAACCUCCAGGCAGAUGACAGAGACAUCUCCAGGAAGCACUGCACCAUUUGUUAGUAGCGCGGCCCGGAGAUCAAGGUGGUGAGAUGCGGGACUUGUGAAGCAGGAUAACAGCUGUUGUGCGUAAAAAGAGCCGAGACUCUAACAGGCAGUCAGGCACGCGGAGCAGUCCCAUCCCACCACGCGCUCUCCAGCCUGAAGA